AUGUCUAACGGUCAUAUCUUUCCGUGGCUAUGUCAUGUAUUCAAGUGUAAGAUGGGCUCCUUGUGGCGUAGCCGCGCCCUCUCUGCGGUGCUGUGCGUCCUCACCCUGGCCCCCGGGGUGAGCGCGGGGCCCGAGACCCUCUGCGGGGCCAUGCUGGUGGACACCCUGCAGUUCGUGUGCGGAGACCGCGGUUUCUAUGUCAGCAGGCCCCCAGGCUACAGCCCGUCCUCCCGUAGGUCUCAUGGUCGUGGGAUCGUGGAGGAGUGCUGCUUCCAGAGCUGUGAGCUGCGGAGGCUGGAGAUGUACUGCGCUCUGGCCAAACCCGGCAGAACAACGCGGUCCGCCCGCGCCCAUCGCCACGGCGACCCGCCGCGGGCCCCGAGGGAGGCUCAGCAGAAGAACUCCAGCCGGGGGAACACAGGAAACUAUGGGAUGAAGAGGAGAACACACAGUCAGACGUCAGGACAGAGCCUUGUUGUUGUGGCCUGA